UCUUUGCUCCUUGACCAAGUCUUCCUUGGUUUAAUCCUGGUCAUGAUCUUAUCAAUGACUGACGGGAAGUCGGGAGCGACAAUGGGUUCCCACUUUUGAAGGAUGAGCAUCCACUGUUUGAAGUGGUAUGGACCCUUCCUUAACACCGAAACAGGAAAGUUUCCCUCCCUAAGUCUCUGCAAGUGACCCUCCCUUCAAGGUUCCAGAACUGAGGGAGAAAGUCGAUGAUUGCUCUGGCUUUUUGCACAUAAGGGUUUGUGGCUCUUCCAAUCAGAGUUAGACGGUUUGCCUCGAUUAUUGCAGAGUUAUCCUCUGCAGGGAUCUUGACCGGGGAGCGUCGGGAGAACUUGUGUGGCACAGCAGGCCACUUUCCUUUUUCGAAGCAAGAGUAAAGGUGAGACAUACUGCUGAGGAGUGUGACGGCCGCUAAGUGAGAAAGAUAACUGGAGCUCGGUAACGAGAAGCAGAGGUGCUUCAGUGAAAAACCCAAGGACGGUGGGAAAAUCCUCAGUGACGAGGUAAGAGUAGAGAAAAUAGCUCUAAAAUGCCUACACAACGCAGGAGCAAGGUCAGCGAGAGACCCUAAGACCGAACUGGACUGUUUACUGCCAAGGAAAGAACAGAGGGAACGUUCUGAAAACUCCUCAACAGGUAAAGCUGGGGAAGGAUUUAGUUAGCUUUCCUCAUGUUGGUAGUGCUAGAGGGCCUGGAGAGACCGGGAGCUGGUGGAAAAUCGCUGGAAAAAGAGAAAUUUAAAAUUCUGGACUCCCCGUCGUUGUGAAGAGGCAGAUGCGGUGAGGCAACGGCGGAAGAAAAGUAGGAAAUGGUGCUGGUGUUUGUAUAAUGAGCAAUGCAUGGAAAGAUGAACAAGCACCUUCAUUGAUCAGUUUCAUAUCCGCGUUUCACCGCAAACUCUUUCCGCCUAAACUUUGUCUCAAUCCUCCCUGUUUUGUUCCUUCUUUCUCUGUUUAGAAUCUUUCAGGGAAUUGGAUAUCUAAAAAUUAGCUUAAAGAAUUCACUUUUUUUUUUUUAUGUGAUAGGAUCUGAUCUUUAAUUGUGGAGGUGUUUCUAUUGCUUCUGUUUUUGUCACAAAAUGGGAUUGUUCCAAUGUUGCUUCCAUCUUCAACAGAGUAAAGAGGCUGAAAGGGCAAUUUGCGCAACUUUAUGUUGUUGCCACACUUUCAACUAAAGAACAGAGUGAUUCAUUCAUGCGAUCUUACUUCCAAUAUGAGAUGGAGUUUGGGAAACCUGCAUUUGUACAAGUCACUGAUGCUGAGAUGGGAUUCGAGAAGAUUGUUAAGAUUGCUCACUCUCGUGGGGUGUUGCAAGCAACAGAAGGUGGCGUCUAAGCUCAAGGUUGAGAGAAAGCGAAUUGUGCAGGAUACAGACAUUUUCAUAAGAUUUGUCACAUCUAUACCCAACAUUAACAAACAUGAUGCAAACACGCUGUGCCAGGCUAUUGGUUCAAUCGAAGCAAUCGCUAAAGCAUCCAAAGAAGACAUUUUAGCAAUUAGCAAACACAGAUCUCUCUUCUGAAAAGGCUGAGACACUCACCAGGUUCUUCCAAGAUCCUGAGUUCUACCUCAGUCCCAAAUUCAACUGAUGACUGCACAAACUGUUGUAAGAUCACAAGUCUUUGGCUGCAUAUAAACUCCGUAACAAAGAUUUACCCAUCUUAUUCUUGGCCGUAACAGUUUCCAAGACUUUUCGUAGUCCUUUGCUAUUGGCUACAAUACAUACAUCUAUAGGAGGAGCCAGUACCAGGUAAGUAAAAUGUCUCAUUUCUUUACCUGUGCUAGCUCUGUCCGAAUAUCAGUACUUUUCUUACAUUCCUUUCUUAAAGUAUUUAGAUGGUGUUUAGUAUCUGAACUUAAUCAAUAAAGAUCGGUACCAAUUUUUUUUGAUGUUUGCAGUAAUUAAUUACUCGAAGUACCA